AACCAUCAUAUCCACACGUGAGAUGGUAGGAAUGAAGGAUACUUUUGAAGAACCUGCGAUGCCAACUCCUGGAUUCGAAGGCUUUGAGAAGCGGCUGGAAGUUGAAUUCUUCCCAGCAGCCGCUCGGUCCCUCCGGUCGCUUUCGAGGGAUCAGAUAGACUCGUUCCUCAAUGUGGCGGAAUGCACCAUCGUCUCUCAGCUCUCCAAUGGCCACUUCGAUUCAUACGUGCUCUCCGAGUCGAGCCUCUUCAUCUAUCCCCACCGGAUCGUCAUCAAGACCUGCGGCACCACCCGGCUGCUCAAGGCUCUUCCAAAACUUCUGGCAGUGGCUGCUAGCAUCGGCCUGGCUCGAGUUGUACGUUGCAAGUAUACGCGGGGCAGCUUUCUCUUCCCCGAAGUCCAGCCUUUCCCACAUCACAACUUUGACGAGGAGGUCCGCACACUGGACGAGCACUUUGGAAGCCUCCACAGCAGCAAGCACGUCGUUAUGGGCGACGAUCGCCAGAAGUGGCAUGUCUACGUUGCUUCGGAGAGCAAGUCUGAUCGAGCUGGUGAAGCCGUGUCCAAGUCGAGCAACACGAUCUACACGCUCGAGGUCUGCAUGACGGAGCUGGACAAAUCCGUCGCGAGGAGCUUCUUCAAGUCGGCGUCCAUUGUCACCGGUGAGGACAUGACCAGAGCAUCCGGUAUCAACUCCAUCCUGCCCCGCUCUCAAAUCUGCGACUUCGCCUUUGAUCCUUGCGGCUACUCGAUGAACGGACUCGAGAAUGGAGCUCACUCCACAAUUCACAUCACUCCCGAGGACGGCUUCAGCUAUGCCAGCUUCGAGUGCAUGGGCUACGAUCCAGCAAAAACCGGCCUGAAUGCGCUCAUCGACCGCGUUGUCCGAUGCUUCAAGCCGGGGUUCUUCAGUGUCUGUGUUCAUGCUGCGCCUCCUGUUUCCACGGAUUCGGUCACUUCGCCAUUAAAGAGCACCGGGUCAACGUGGGACAAAGCCAUCUCUGCACCAGUAGCGUAUGCGUGCAGUGGUAGUCACAAAGAGGAGCUUCCAGGUGGGAGUGCCGUUGUCUAUCAUACGUUCCAGCUCGCCAAGCGUUUUGAAUGCGGGCCGACUCAGGUGAUCGCUCUUGCCGAUGAUGAAGAAGAGGUGGCGGCCGAUAGUUUGAAUACCCAGGAUGAAGCCGGGGCCAAUGCAUAUAAAACUGAUAAGCUCAGGAGGCCGACGGAGACAAAAGUCGCGAUGCUGCAGCCGGUAAAAGCUCGGCGGGGCUGAGCGCCGCGGCGCCAGCCUCAUACUACCCAGAACUGCUCAAAUUAUUGAGGGACCAGCUCGGCAGCGCCUUGGAGAACUUCUCAGAUGAAGACGGAGAUGGCAUUUUUGAUUGUAGCCAAUUCUGGGACGUGGUUAACAGAUAUCUCUGCUUCUGGGAAGCUCUCAAAAAUACCAGCGGAGAAGAUCAAUGGCGGCAGUUUUACUUGCCACUGCGUACUGAAGAAGCUGAUAGUUGUAGAUAUCAGAGAUGUUGAGCACUUUGUGAAGAAUGGCCUUGGACUAGAAAACAGAUACCAAGUAAUCCCAGCAGUUCUUUUAAUGAGAUAUGGUUUGUUA